UGUAUCGCCUCAUCCAACCAGACGCACAGCACUUCAGCCUUCACCUGCCUGGACUGACUCGAACCCAGUCGUUUAUAGAUUGACCAUCCGACUCAUGCACCAUGUCCUUUACGUUCACUGUCAUGACAAUGCUUCUGGGCUCUUCCACGGUGAUCGCUUUUGUCUUGCAGCCAUCGAAGGAGGAACUUGCAGCUUCUGCAGACUCUGCUGUUCCCCCUCACAGGUGCCAGGGUGAGUCACUGCAGUCCAUCAGGAAGGGGCUCCUCAGGGCUCUGAACUUGCAGGCUGAGCCACAGUUACCUGCUGGUGGGCUAGAUGGUGUCAGAGAGCAAUGGAGGAGGACCUUCACUGACACUGCUCACAGAGCCAUGGAUGCUGCGAUUCCGGCAGUCCCUGGCUACUCUGUGUCAGCUGAUGGCAGAAACAGUACAGGCGUGAAGUGCUGUUCCGUGGCCUCUGAGAUCUUCAUGAAAGAUCUGGGAUGGGACAGCUGGGUGAUCCAUCCAGCCAGCCUAACUAUCAUUGAGUGUGCACUCUGCAGCCCAGAAAUGAACACUGUGCAAUGUCCAUCAUCCCUCACCAAUGUCCAAGAAUCCGACUCACAGGUCCAGGUGCCAUGCUGUCAGCCCACCUCCCAGGCUGUGGUGCCCAUCAUCUACAUGGAUGAAUUCAGCACUGUCAUCAUAUCCUCCGUGCAGCUGCCCAGCAGCUGCGGCUGCGGACGCGUCGACGUCCAGCAGCCCGGCGAAGAGUAA